CCUCCUGAUUAUCUCUUUUAAAGAAAUUUUCAUUCGUCUGUAUAUAUGUAUGUACGUGAGUGUUAUCGUUUAUGUGCCAUUACAAAAGUCUUCCAAUGACAAAUAGGAUAAAACUAACCAACUCCACCUAAAUUAGAUUAAAUUAUCAACUUGUACUUACUAAAUAUGUGUGCCAAAGAAGUUGAAAUUUUUAACGAGAACUGCGUUUAAGCGACCACUUUUUAUAAGGUGUUCCAAAUAAGAUUAUACUCCUUUGGAUAAUUCAUUCAAUAUGAGGUGGUUGAUUGUAUCAAGAAUUUGUAGCUUAAUCCGCGAGCAUAAAUUUCGAAAGGUCUUUUACGUUUUACUAAUACUAAGUGUAGAUAUACAGAACCAGUUUUUAUGCAGUUCAGAUCGAAAAAUAAUGGCUACGUCCUCAUUGCUUAGUGUGACAGAAGCACCAAUAACCGCUAAUGAAUUGCAGCCUAAAGAACCUAAAAAUACUCAUUCCUUUGAGUUCGUACCUGCAACAUCCAUGGGCGAAAGCCAACGCAUAAAACACAGCGCUGGUAGGGGCAAUCGCUCGGAGAGGAUCCCCAGCGGUUCUGGAAAAAAUGUGAAUAGUACAUCGUAUCCAAUAGAAUUUUCAACUGUCACAACAACUGCCAAGCAUACAUCACAAGAAAUGGUCUCAGUCAAUUUGCCUGGUGAUAUCAUAAUGGGAGGUCUUUUCCCCGUACACGAGAAAGGCGAUGGUACACCGUGUGGCCCGAAAAUUUACAACCGUGGCGUACAUCGCCUUGAAGCAAUGCUCUAUGCCGUCGACCGUGUAAACAGUGACAAGAGCCUGUUGCCUGACAUUACGAUAGGCGUUCAUAUACUUGAUACCUGUUCCAGAGACACUUACGCACUGAAUCAAUCGCUGCAGUUUGUGCGCUCGUCUUUGAACAAUCUGGAUACUUCGGCGUUUGAGUGUUCCGAUGAUUCUGUGCCUCGCUUGCGCAAGAAUGCCUCUUCUGGUCCUGUGUUUGGCGUGAUCGGUGGUUCUUACAGUUCUGUUUCUUUGCAAGUAGCCAAUCUCCUUAGACUGUUUCACAUUCCGCAGAUUUCUCCCGCGUCUACCGCCAAGACUCUAUCAGAUAAGACCCGUUUUGAUUUAUUUGCGCGCACAGUUCCACCGGAUACGUUUCAGUCUGUAGCGCUAGUGGAUAUCAUUAAGUGUUUCAACUGGUCCUACAUCUCCACCAUACACUCAGAGGGUUCUUAUGGAGAAUAUGGAAUUGAGGCAUUUCACAAAGAGGCUACCGAACGUAAUGUUUGUAUAGCAGCUGCCGAGAAAGUGCCCAGUGCAGCUGACGACAAAAUAUUCGAUGCUAUCAUUGCGAAGUUACAAAAAAAACCUAGUGCGCGGGGUGUAGUACUAUUUACGAGGGCGGAGGAUGCCCGCAGUAUCCUAUUAGCAGCUAAAAGGGCUAACUUGGCACAUCCUUUUCAUUGGAUUGCGAGCGAUGGUUGGGGAAAACAGCAGAAGCUACUGGAUGGAUUGGAAGGCAUUGCAGAGGGCGCUAUAACAGUGGAGCUGCAAUCUGAAAUUAUUGAGGAUUUCGAUAAAUAUAUGAUGCAAUUAACACCACAAACUAACAAGAGAAAUCCCUGGUUCGAAGAAUAUUGGGAAGAUACCUUUGAUUGUGUUCUACCGAAGAAUUUUGUUCAAUCUGAUGUACAACGGCACAGGAACGGAACAGUUUCGCAACAAAAGUUUUUCACUUCAAACGACAGCGGCACAUUUCCACUACGGGGGAGCACAGCAGCAAGCAUUGCAGGCGGUCGUAUUUGCGAUGAAAGACUUCGCCUUUCGGAGAAAGUUGGUUAUGAACAGGAAUCGAAAACUCAAUUUGUUAUUGAUGCAGUUUACGCAUUCGCGCAUGCCUUACACAAACUUCACAACGAUCUCUGCUUGCCAAAUGAUAGUCAAAAUGACCAGGUAACGGCAGGCUAUGGGAAAUCAGCUCAACAGCAUACCCCGUCAAUUUGGUAUAGAAAUCAAUUCGGCACUGAGUCUCACGCAUGCCCGGAAAUGGCAAACUAUGAUGGCAAGGACUUCUACAACAACUACUUGUUGAAUGUAUCAUUCAUUGACUUAGCUGGAAGUGUUGUCAAAUUUGAUCGGCAAGGGGAUGGAUUGGCGCGGUACGAUAUACUCAAUUAUCAACGAUUGGAAAAUUCUUCAAGUUACCAUUAUAAG